CAUGAAUCCAUUUAGAUCAUAGAAAAAGAAGGGGAAGCCUAUUGGGAUUUCAAUAUUGAUAAACCGCCUUUGAUUGUGAUUGACCAAUUUCGAUUGGAUGAUGUAAAUUCAUUACAUGUUCAAUAAUAGGUUCACACAUAGUUUAUCGUAAAAAAAAAAAAAAAAAACACCUCAAGAAUCAUGGUUGAGUGUUGACAGCCACACAACCAAUGAACCAAAAGUAGCCAGCAGCGAGAUCCAGAUGCUGUCUAGCUGCUGCGGCCGCCAUGGCAUGGGUCCAACCAAGCUCCAAGUUAAAGCCAUUUCCGUCGGCAUCGCGCCACCUAAAAAUGGGUGAAAUGGCCAACUACGCACACGUUGAACGCUGUCUUGAAAUUGCUCCUCUACCGACCAACUGGACAUUUUCUUCAUUGCUAUAACUUUCCUCGCCUUUUCCUUCACGUAUUCCCUCUUGACUUUCCUUCUCCUUCCUUCCACGCCGCCCAUUUUCUCUUCCCAUUGAUUUAAUCGUUUAAAAAACCCUUUCUUUUUUCAUCUCAGGAGGGUUCUUCUGCCAUCCUCUGCUGCGUAUCUCACUCCUUCCCCAGAUUCCUUCUAUCUUUAUAUGCCCAGUAGGAUUUAAGCCAUUAAAGAAAUCCCUUUUUUUGUUAUCUUUCGCAGAGCUCAAUUUGGGGUUUCUUAAUAAUUUCCCAUCUGGCUUUUGGAUCAAAUUCUUCUGAGACCCGGACUGCAUGGCUUCUCCUUCUUCAUACACUUCGUUAGCGAAGCCUCCGACUCUCUUUACUCUCCAUUCCUCAUGUCUCCGGCCUCCGCCUGCCCUUGCUUCUCAGGUGGCAGGGCGCCGCCGUCUGACCUUCUCCCGUCGGCAGCAGCACUCUGGCCUCGCCGUGGCUUCUCUUACCAACUCUGCCCCGGCGAGAAAUGGGACGUAUAAAGUAGGAGAUUUCAUGACGAGGAAGGAGGAUCUGCUUGUUGUGAAGCCUUCUACAGGUGUUGAUCAAGCAUUGGAGGUUAUCGUGGAGAAGAGGAUUACAGGGUUCCCUGUGAUUGACGAUCACUGGAAUUUGGUUGGUGUUGUUUCAGAUUAUGACUUGUUAGCACUCGACUCUAUAUCAGGUACUACUAAUCUUGAAGUUAAAGUUCCCUUUUCGAGGUUUUAAAUCCUGUUGAUGUUUACCAGCAUUAUAGAUCACAUUAGCAAGAUGGACCAGGGUUGAGAUUUACGCACGUGGAAGUGAUUCGAAACUCUAAAGCUUUGCGCAUAUUCUUGCUAUCCUUAUGUUAUUUUUCGUAGUUUUCUUACCUUCUUACCUUUAUGUAGGUAGUUUGUGUAUCAAAACAUGGUAUUGCUUUGCUGUACCUUCUGGCAAUGCAAAUUUUCCUUUCUGAACCUGGUAAAACUGUAAACGUUCGAGUAUUCCUGUAAUGAUACAUUUGAAAUAGAAUUUGCAAUCAUUCUCUCUGCAAAAGAAUACUAACAUGCUGUGCUUGUCAAUUAUGCAUUGUUGAUCUCCAUUGACAAACUAGUCCUUUUAUUACUGUUUCUCUGCAGAAUUUAUUGUCUAAGCAGGUGCUAAUUUUGCCUAUUUUACUGGUAGGUUGCAAUCAAAGUGACAACAACUUAUUUCCUGACGUCGACAGUACUUGGAAAGUAUGUAUGAUCAUUCCUAUAUGAUGUUUGGUAUGCUGGGAGUUCUUACUUUUGAAGUUCAUGAGCUGGUAGAAUGGACAUUCAAUACUUUGUGUGCCCAUUAGUUUGACUUCCUCGCUAAAUGCCAGUAUGCUAAGUUUUGUGAAUCGAAUGUCUAGAAUUGGUUUCCUGCACACUUGGCAUUGUAUUCUGAAGAUUUCACUGGGAUGCAUUGCGGAAUCCACGCACGUUGCUUGAUCUUUUAAGAACUCCAAAGCUUCCUUUUGCAGAAUUGAUUUCCCUCCUCCUUUUUAGCAUUGCCAUUGCCAGUCUAAUCCCCAAUGACAAAUGCAGGCAUUUAAUGAGAUUCAGAAACUACUAGGGAAGACAAACGGUAAAGUUGUUGGAGAUCUCAUGACACCUAAUCCCCUGACCGUCCGUGAAAACACCAAUCUGGAGGACGCGGUCAGGUAUAGCUUUCACUGCUUUUUACUCAGCGCGACUCUGUCUUGCUGCCAUGAAAAUUUGGCUUUAUGUUGUAUUGUUCAUUGGAUACGAGUACAUACCAGAAGCAUCUUUUGAAACACUGUAUUCUACUUUCCCCCAAAACUCUCAGACUGCUACUAGAAACCAAGUACCGUCGGCUGCCAGUGGUUGAUGGCGACGGAAAGCUGGUAAGACUUGUAACUUGCAUUCAUGGCUUUUUCUUACACGGUUUUUCCUUUUCGUUCAUUCGAUUCUUUUGUCGUGAGUCUCAUGACACGUCUCUGUUUCAAUAUCGAAAGGUUGGGCUCCUUACGCGGGGAACUGUGGUCAGAGCCGCCCUGCAGAUGAAACGCGAAAGUCCAAGGUCGACUUUGAAUCUAUGACGACAAGCAACAAUCAUGGAGAAUGUUGUGAGAAUUCAAGCUGUAGUUAUAAUGAAUAGGGGUGAAAGAAAUGGGAUAUGAGUAGCAUAGGAUUUGCCUUGGUAGUCAGUUCAAGCAUAUGCCAUGGUUUUGUAUUAUAGAGAGUAUAUAUUAUUCUUCAUAUGAGAAUCUGGAAGUGUAACAGGUUAUGUAUGAAUCCAUGCUUGUAACCAUAUCGUCUGUCACGAUUUUCAGACUCGAGUUGUAUGAAAUUUGCCCUAUUAAGCUUCAUUUAUCAUAUGGCAUUCUAGAUUUUGUUUUUAGACAGAAAGGGUUCUUCAUUCACCAACGAGUUGAGUGCAGGUUAGAAGCUCUCCGGAGAAGCAGAGAUGGGAUUGAUAAUCGGUAUCCAAAAUUGAGGAAUGCUUUCUACAACUUGAAAAUUCUAACAACAAUAUUUACAGAAAAAACAAUCUAUACAAUCAAACUGAUGAAGAAAACCCACACCAGCAUUACGUUCCUCUGCAACAUCAUCAUGACUCUCGAAGUCAUUUCCUCCGAACAUCAUUUACAGGCUUGGUGAGGAGAAGAAUACAUUGCAUCCUCUUUC